AUUCCUGCUGAUUCCGCAAAUUCAUCGACACUGCCACCGCAAUGUACCUUCAUCAUAUCAUGGAGUGCCUCAUUUGUAUCCUUUUCCAAACAGCGAGUGGAGAACGAAUAAGGUUCGACUACUCACAUGCGAAGAUGUGCCAUCUUGCAGUAGUGGGCGAAUAGCAAUGGGCAGGGCCAGAAGCAGAAGCAGAACCAGAACCAGAACCAGAACCAGAACCAAUCUUUGGUCAGAGGAUAUGCCGUAGGGGUGAAACGAGGCAUUCUUCAUGGCGGACGGAUAGCAGCCGAUUUCGAGAUAUCCAGAGGAUAGCAGAAGCCAAUAAGGAAGAGGGAAAAAGGAAAAAUGAAUGAAAUGAUCCCAACUCACCAUCGGCAUUUCCCCGCAAUCAGGACCUUCAACAGUACCAAAAGGGCGUACUCGGUGGUGGUGUCUUGAGGUGAUUAAUACUUGCUUGUUUGCGCCAGAAGGUAGCAAAUAAAAAUAAAAUAAAAUGGUUAACCAAAUCAGAAAAGACUUGUUUGCACCUUCCAUGCCAAGUACACACCACACCUAUGGCUUUCAUUCUUCUACACCUACUUCACACCACACCCACAUCAUCAGCUGCUACAUUCACACUCAGACGCACACACACACACACAAAACCACACACAUACGCUCAUCGUUUAAUCAAAGUGAUUCACUCUUUCCACGCUUUUCACUUUUUCAUUAAGAGUUCAGUAUUAUCUAAUCUCUCCCAUUGCAAACCAAAGUUCCAAACAAUCCCCCAGCACAGUCACAUCCAUCAAUGUUACACUCGGUGUUCACUCCACAGUCCCCGCAAUAUUGACCACUCUUCACCUCUUUGCUCCCGUCCUGAAAGCCUUCUUGCCUCUUUAAUUCACCUUGAGACUAUCAACCCGCAAUACAAUAUCGCAUUCACUUUGGCUUUGACUCAUCACAUUGGGCUUUGAUAAAGUUCUUAAUUGUCUUUUCAAAUCAACCUGCAACUUUCUCCCCCACUACAACCAAAAAUAUCAAGGUAGUUCACCCAAACUCAACCCUCCUGCACAGCCUCCUAUACUUCUUUCCUCUUGUGUUACAGCCCGACCAACCAAAGUCGCCAUCGUACCUAUACUUUCUCUCCACCAAGUGGUUCUUAUAAACUAUUGGUUACGAUACUAAUCCAUCAAUCUGGGUAGGUAGCUCAACAUCAUGGCGCCCCACUCUGUAGGUCCCGAACCUGGAGAGUUAUCUCGUGCCAUCAGCGAACUCGAUUUGACCGCUUUACGCGGUAUUGACGGGGCUACGGACGCAGCUGAGAUUAAAAGUGAAAAGCGUUAUACAAGAGAUCAGUUGUUGACUAUCCGAUCUAAAUCAAACUCAAGCGAGGAUUUGGGCAUUUGUAUCAACGUUCCAGAUAUCACGAACGGUCUGAAGACACCACCAGCUCCUCCAAGGGUUCCACCUCCCACUCCAGACCACUUAUCAGCUACGCCGGCUUCUGGCACAGGCACUCCUGUCGCUCGACUCCCUGUUACUCCCGAAGAGCCCGAGAACAAGGAAGAAGGCGCAGUUCAAGAAGGCGCAGAAGCUGGUCCAAAAGUUACUGAAAGUGGAGACGGCGAGCCCAAGAAGAAGAAGAAGAAAAAGAGUGGCGCAAAGAAAAAGCCAGGUCCAACAGGAUUUGAAGGUAUGCAAGAUCGGUCAUACUUGGCACUAAAUACAUCACUAACGUGACAUCGUAGAAUUUUAUGCCGACCCACCUCUCACCCCGAAUGAAUAUGAAGAGGAACGUGAUAUCUACCACGAGUAAGUACUCCCUUACCUCUCAAUCAACUUGGCUAACAUGUUUUCAGAGGCCGAUCAUUUGCUGAGUAUGUCAUCAUCCUUGAGGCAAGUUGCAUAGGCUGACGACGGACAAAGGCGUAUUCAGACAUGUAUUCAGCGAUACAGGGCACGGUAGUCUUCAUACAUCUUAUCAAGUUGUAUGGUAGCUGGCUAAUAAUUUGACCUUUGCAGACGCAAGCUCGAUAGCGUUCGUUCGAAUAUCCUUACAAAGUAUUUUGCCUUGGGCGGAAUCGAAGUCGGCACUAAAACUUUCAAUGGUGGUCUUGAUAAAGAAACUUUAGAGAACUCCACCGCAGCAGAGAUUGCUGCCAUUCAAGCUACUGACUUUGUUCGAUCUAGCAAUGCCAAAUACUAUGAUCCUUCAGAUACUGAAAAUUGGGUUGUGGAUUGGGAAGGCGUUGUCAAGGGUUUUCUGUACAUUCGCAAAACCUAAUCACAUAGCCAAAUGUACUGACGGUGCCAUAGUUCUUACAGAGCACCUAAAAUAAUGGGUGAUGGAGAAGACGAGGUUAAGAUGUAUUGCGCGGUGCUUAGGAACUUCCUAAACUAUGUCUUGGCUCAUGAGGUAUGUAAAGAAUACACUAAAGACGUCAUGGCCGCACGAAAGAUAUGUGACGUAGCUGAGAGGGAGAACCAUUCAAUCCGAUAUCUCCGGCAAAUGUUUCCUGGCGACUUUAACGUAGCCGCUUCAACCCUGUUUGGGGAAUACUACAAGCAGCAUAUGGAGAUCACCGCAGCAUGGGUUGAUGUUGAAGAUGUCUCGGAGCAAUGGUGCACCAACAUACCCGUACUAAGUUUGCCUGUUUGUCGAUUUGUCUUUGGAGGAAUUGUAGCCUUCCUUGGUGACAAGAGCCACUUUGAGAAAGCCAAGAAGGGUGAUACUCAUGUGGUGAACAUCGAAAAUAAAUUUAUUGAGGUGGUAGAUGUCCAUCCUGCUACAGCAAACAAUAUUGCAGAAUUCUCUCGUGUUAAAGACCCUCGAGGAUUGGGUGCUCUAAAGCCGGUUGGAAAACUGCUGUGCAAAUCUUGGGAGGGUCCUGGUUACGAUUAUGAGGACAAGACAGAUGAUGGAAAUGAAGUAGUCGAUGAUUCUAUUGAAAAGUUCUGGCUCGAGGAUGAAAUUUUACAACACUGCUAUCCAGGCCUUAAACUUGAAGUGGUUGUUCAUGAGCUCAACAUUGGCGUCAAAUAUUUCGACCAAGUUAUGGAUGUCUUUCCUUCUUUUCACCUUUACCUUCCUAAUGAGAAAAUGAUGGGUUGGAAAGAACCUGGUAAAUUUUCGGACUUUUUGAAGUUUCCAAGAUUAUGCUAACCAUUAACAGUUCCUAAUGAGAGACCGCCACCAACCGAAGAUGAUCCUGAUGCCGAGGAAAAGGUCAUGGAUGCCAUUGCGAAGGAUGAUGUUGAUGAGUUUGAUCGGCCAUAGAAUUCUGACAGUGGAUGGAUCUGAUCCAUUUCUCUUGCAACUGAAAAGGCUGUUAUAUUUCAGAAGCUCAAAAUAUUGGUAGGGCGUGGACGAAUACCAGACCAGGGAGGAGUUAACUUGAGGAGAACGCGAAGAUUAAGAUACCUGGAGUUGGCGAUGAACAAAUGGCGCACAUUUGCAUAUCAGGACGGGAUGUAACUACCUCGUCAAACAAUCUCGCAAAUUCUACAUCUUAUGUGCAUGGAGCUUAAAAUAAAUGAAAAACUGACAAUAUUAAAUUGUUCCUAAAG